AUGGCUUCCCACGACGACUCGCUCCACCCCCUGGCUGAGUCUGGCGUCACGAUCCGCUCCGACAGCGAGCAGUACUCCCAGGCCGAGACCCCGUCCCCCCCGUCGUCGAACUCGCCGAUCAUCCUCUACAAGCCGCCUACCUUCUGGGGUCUGGUCCGCGGCGCCGCUAUCAACCUGUUGCUGCCCUUCAUCAACGGCAUGAUGCUGGGAUUUGGAGAGUUGUUUGCCCACGAGGCAGCCUUCAGGCUAGGAUGGGGCGGUACCAAGGUUUUCCCCAUGUCCAGGAGGAGAGCCCACCCCAUUGGCCCUGGCCUGGAGGUCCGCGACAAGCGCCGCGCCCCAUCCCCAGGUCUCGAGGACCUGACGAGCCUGGAAUGA